CUCGGCCCAGGAGUCAAGGUUGCGGGUUGGGUCCCGGCGCCACAAGAAAGACCUCGCGCGGAGAAAGCUGCAUGUAUCCCUGGGUAUUAAGGGUGCAUGGGGUCUCAGAGCUUCUCUUUGGUUCGGCUCGGCUACGGCGUCUUAGCUUCGACAGGAUCCCCCCUUCUGUGUCAUUCUUUGAGGAAAACAAGUGCUUCUCAAGGAGGAAAAUCUGAACCUACCAAACAACCCCUUAAGAAGCCAAAGUUACCAGAAGGUCGUUUUGAUGCACCAGAAGAUACCUAUUUAGAAAAAGAACCACUAACAAAGUUUCCAGAUGAUGUUAAUCCUGUUACCAAAGAAAAAGGUGGACCCAGGGGCCCAGAACCUACCCGAUAUGGAGAUUGGGAACGAAAAGGACGCUGUAUUGAUUUUUAAGCCACAUAUUCUUUAACUUCAGUAUCUUUUUCUGAAUACACACAUCUUAACUUAUUUCUGACUAUUUUAUUUCUGUAUAUCCUUUAAUCUAAUUUUUAUAAUGUGUUUAAAAGUAUAUGAUGGAUUUGGGAGAAAAUAUGCUGCUCUAAAUGAGGAAAGGGAAAAUACUUCUGCAUUUGCACAUUAAUUUUAAUGUAAAGGUAUUGGGGUUAUAAGUGACGAUUAGAACUGUAAACUUCUUUCAUCAUGUUUUAGUAUAAAUUAAUCAGUUGCUCAUAAAAUACAAAUGUAAAUAAAGCAACUUUUUAAAAAUGUA